AUGGCUGGUUCAUGUGGAAAUGACCAUCCUCAAGUUCUAGUACUCAAAGAGCCUCUACCCUUCAGCGAUGAGGACGUCACAUUCCGUCUUCUUUCUCUCAACGUUUGCUGUACUCUAGCUUCAUUAGCCGUUGGCCUCUCCGUCUUCCACAUCAUGCAACACGCGCUGCACUGCCUUCGCUCAUGGGAACAAAAACACAUCAUACGCAUCCUCGCUGUCAUCCCUGUCUAUGCUUGGACCACGUUCUUCUCCUACCUUUUCUUCGGCGGUGCGGUUUACUGGGAACUUAUCCGUGAAUGCUACGCCGCCUACGCUACUGUGAGCUUCUUCACGCUUAUGUGUCACUACAUAGCACCCAAUCUUCACGAGCAGAAAAACUAUUUUCGCAGUGCCGAACCGAAGAACUGGGGCUGGCCAUUGAAUUGGGUCCAGAAGCUAAGUGGUGGUGAACAUAAAGGCUGGCUGAGGAAGCCCAGAUGCGGCGUCACUUGGUUCAACGUUAGCGCCAGCGCCGCCCGCAUUUUUAAACGUUCGCUGAUGUAUCUAUAUAUCAACUAUAUCGGCAUCUUCCAAUACGUUGUCCUCCGAACCAUCGUAACCAUCAUAUCCGGCGUCACGCAAUUAUUCGGUCGGCUUUGCAAAGAGGAACACAAUCCGCGAUACGCAUCCACAUGA